AGGAAGGAUGUCGGCCUUAAUGUUAAUGUUCAUCAUUUCAGUACCAAUAGUGGCAUGCUUCAACAUCGAGUCUACUUCCUGGAGACACAUCAACCAAUCGGCAGAGGGCUUUGGCUACAGAGUGAUCCAGGACACUGCAUCACGUCUGUUGGUGAGUGCUCCGCUAGAGCAGCAUGGUGUGGAUAGGAGAGGACGGGUUUACCAAUGCCAGGUCUCAUCCAGCUCCUGCUCACCACUACAAAUAGAUGUUCCUCUGUAUGGAUUGAACAUGUCCCUUGGUCUUUCUAUGAGCAAGACAGAGGCAUCUACAAAGACAAUAGUAGGUCACCUAUCCCACCAUCCUCUCACAUUGGUCCAUCUCUUCAACAAGAAGGACCUGUGCCAGCCACUCUUCAAGUUUGCCUUGGCACAGUACUCCUCGGAAUGCACCAUCCAUGUGAAGUUUAAUGAUUUCAGAAGAUCAGUAUGGGGAGACCAGGUAGACAGUAUCGUCCAGGAGAGGCAAGGUACUGCUACAGCAAAAGGCAUCAAAAAAGUUGUGAAUGAGGCAUUUGAUGUUUCUGCUGGAAUGAGACCUGAUGCUACAAAAAUCCUCAUUGUUAUCACAGAUGGGCGCUCAAGUGAUAGCGACAAAUAUGACGCUGUUACAAAACUAGCUGACGCUAAAAAGAUUAUCAGAUAUGCUAUUGGGGUUGGCGGCGCCUUUAACAGUCAGUGGGCACUCGAGGAGCUCAGGAGCAUAGCAUCCUCACCUGUAUCAGAGCACAUGUUUAAAGUGGACAGCUUUGAGGCACUGGACCAGAUCAGCAACACCCUGGAGAGGAGCAUCAUUGUCAUAGAAGGAACCCAAACCACUGGUGAUGCCACAACGAUGGAAUUUGCCCAGAAUGGAUUCAGCGCAGCUCUUGUGUCAAGGCCUGUAUGUUUGGGUGUGGUUGGGGCAAAUGAAUGGAGAGGAGGUUAUCAGGACAUCCCUCUGUCCAGCGGGGAGCCCAGCUUCAAGAGGGUUGAUCAGGUCACUGCUUACAGUUAUCUGGGCUACUCAAUGGCUAUAGCCAGCUCAAGAGGAAAGGACUACAUAGUUAUGGGGGCCCCCAGGUAUGAACACAAAGGGCUACUCAUGGUCUUCUCUCCUGGAGAUAAGCCACCAAAGAUGAUCACACAGUCUCAGAUCGGUGCCUACUUUGGAGCAGAGGUGUGUGUGGUGGAUUUGGACGGAGACUCCAACACUGAUCUGAUUCUGGCAUCUGCCCCCAUGCACACAGAGGGAGAGAGAGAGGGCAAAGUGUUUCACUUUUCCAUUGAAGCUUGUCUUUCCCUUGACUGCCAGAUUGGCGUGUCCCUGCUGGGGAUGAAGGGUCAGAUGGGGAGGUUCGGCUCGUCUCUGGCCAGCCUGGCUGACCUGAACGGGGACGGGAUCAGGGACGUGGCCGUCGGAGCUCCUCUGGAGGAUAACGGACAGGGCAGCGUGUACAUCUUCAACGGGAGGAGAGGAGGAAUCAACCCCACCUACUCACAGAGGAUUGCGGGUUUGUCGGUGCGGUCCGGUCUGCGGUUCUUUGGGCUGACCGUGGCCCAGUCUGCUUUGGACCAGAGUAAAGACGGACUGCCUGACAUCGCAGUUGGGUCCAAAGGAGCGGUUCUGCUACUCAGGUCAAGGCCUGUUGUGUCUAUAGCCACAAAAGUUACAUUUGAACCAUCCAAAAUCCCUGUAUCCAUCUACGACUGUACGAGUCUUCAACAGAACAAAGCCAAAGUGUGCUUUAGCAUGACUGGGGUCACUAAGGAUAGCUUGACAGGAUUGCAGGCAAAUCUCAACUACACGCUGAGCUUAGAUUUUGUCCGUCAAUAUUCCCGUGCCUUCUUCACAGCUGGAGGGACAGACAGGAGGGAGAACAAAGAGGUCACAGUGUCUCUAGGAGAAACAUGUUCUGAACACUCUUUCUUUGUACAGUGUUCCCCAGUGGAUGUUGUAACUCCUGUGGACGUCCAGGUGGCCUUCUCCUUCCAUGGGCUUCCUAUCCCGUCUGCAGACCAGCUGACACCAACGCUGUUCCGCACUUCCCCCAUCACCACAAACCACAAGUUAAACUUUGAAAAAGACUGUGGAGAGGACCACGAGUGUAUCGAUCAAAUCCAUAUCAACUUCAGCUUGUCUGGAACAUCCAUCAUCGAGGUGGGCAUUACACAGGAGAUGAGCGUGAGGGUGACGGUAGAGAAUAGAGGAGAGAAUUCGUACGACACCCGUGUGUCUCUCUCCUACCCUGCUGGCUUCUCCUACAGGACCUUCACCAAGAGCCAGGGCAGGGUGGAGUGCACUUCUCUAGACAGCACAGAUGGACUCACCCUGGGAAAGACUGACUGCAGCAUCGACAGACCCAUCUUGCAGGCUGGAGAUAAGACCCUUAAGCUGAAUGUUGUUCAGUAUGGAAUUGAUGAAAUUGAUGAAAGCUAUGUUGAUGACAGGGUCACCAUGCAGGCCAAUGCUUCAAGUGACAACGAUAAACAUGAUCCAGGUAGCCAGCUGUCCAAAAGCCUGGACAUUGGGAUGAAAUACAGCAUUUAUGUAAUUCUGAACAGUUUUACCAAUGGUACCAUCAAUUUCACCGCAGGAGAUAAUCACUUGCAAAAACCAGGGAUACAAGAAUUAGAGGUGACAAACAAAUUCAGAGAACUCAAUCUGACUGUUGUAAUUCGUGUUCCAGUAAGACUCCAAGGCAAAUACAUCUGGACCAAUGUGGACAGUUUGCAAAUCCAGGGAUGCUCUAGGGGGCGUGAGAGGAGUCCAAUCAUCACAGACCUGAAGUAUUUCUUCAAGGACAACAAGGAGCCUGAUGUGAACUGCUCCAUUGCUGUGUGUCUGGAGUUCAGGUGUGACUCCUACAUGAUGAUAGACGACCAAAACCGCUACAGAAUCUCAGGGAAUGUGAGCUCAGAGUGGAUCGAGCAGACUGGGCUGCGUUCUGCUCUGUUCCACUUGGUCAGCUCAGCCACACUGGAGUACGAUAACAGCAAGUACAUCUUCUACUCUGCAGACUCUUCCCGCCUGCCACCAGUCUCCAAGAUUGAGACUCUUGUGGAGGUCUAUGAUGAGCCAGACCUAACUAAGGAGAUCAUUGGUGGAGUGGUGGGUGGCUUCAUCCUAUUGGCUCUCAUGACUGCUGGCCUCGUCAAGUUGGGCUUCUUCAAGAGUCAGUACCAGCAGAAACUACAGGAUGCUCAUGGAGGAGAGGCCGCAGAAUAACAACUCUCUGCCAGUUUGACGGAGCAUUUUGCAGACA